AUGUCACGGGGCCAAGGGGUAUGGUCCGACGAGCCUUGCACUUCCGGUAGUGCGAGUCGCCGCGGUGGAGCGCGGCAAAUGGCGGGAUCGUCCUCGAGAACGUCAACUUCCGCCUUGGAGGAGCGCGCUUCCGGUACCACGCCGUGUAAAAGCGGCUUCAGAUUAGGUGUCUACGGCUGGAGGAAAAGAUGUCUUUACUCCCUCGUGUUGACCCUCAUGGUCAUCGUUAUUCUCAACCUCGCUCUUACCGUCUGGCUUUUAAAAGUCAUGGGAUUCAGUUCCGAAGGUAUCGGUUCGCUAAAAGUGGUGCCUGGGGGAAUCGUACUAAGAGGUCAAGCUACCGUGUUAGAUGCUCUAGUGGCCUCCAACCUGAGAUCUCAACAGGGCAAAAACUUGGUGUUGGAAUCAUGGAGUAAUUUUACGGCCUCGGCGAGAUCUCACGAUGGUCGGCUUCUCGCGCGAUUAACAGUUGGAGAGGAUCGUGUCGACUGCGUAUCCAGAGGUUUCCGAAUAACCGAUCCUCGGGGAGGGGUGCUCUUUUCCGCGGACAGGGAACAGGUUAUCGUGGGAGCGGAAAUGUUGAGAGUGACCGGCGAAGGCGGUGCUGUUUUUCAGGGAAGUGUACAGACUCCACUGGUCAGAGGAGAAUCAGGACGUGGUCUUAGGCUCGAAUCAGCGACGAGAUCAUUAAAGAUCAGUGCUCCUGAACGAAUUGCGAUCGAGUCCUGGGCUAGCGAGAUCUCGGCGUCCUGCCUGACAGAUUUGAAGCUGCAUAGCGGCCACGGAGCCAUCCGACUCGACGCCAAGUCCGUCUAUAUGAAGGGUCUGAAGACAGCGAUGCCAGUGCAAGGACAUUCGUCCAGAGAACAGCAACAACAGCAGCAGCAACAGCACUCCGGUAGAUCAUCAUCACCUCAUCAGAGCCAGAGGGAGACUACCAUCUAUCAGCUGUGUGCCUGUGCAAGUGGCAAGCUCUUUCUCGCCAGGCCGGAGGCCAGUUGUCAGGCGGACAAAUCGAUUUGCUAAUACGAAACAACUCGACAGUCCUGAGUAUCACGAAAACACAGGAUGAUCUGUUACAAAUCGCGAUAAACUAUGUGACUCGGUGAUCCUGGCGAAAAACAUAAAAGAAAAAGAAAGACGCACUGCGAUCCGCCAAUCGGCAUGAUCGGGGACGAGGCCUUCAUUGGAACACUGCAAACGAUAUCAAACGAAUCUACCAUGCGUCAAAUAGACGGAAAUACCGAGUGCGACGUAUUAGGAAUCAUGAUGAGAGAUAGACAGAGAAAAGGAGAGAAUACGCUAAAUACGGAUAGUCGGAGCUAAUUAAUUAUUCCCAGCAUGCGCUAUUUUUCGAUGAAUGCGGCGUAUUCCCAAUACGCCUUUAAGUGCCGGGCGCUUUUUGGGAAUUUCCAGUUUAUUUAGGGCCUAAUCUGGACGCUGACAAGUAUUCUCAAGUACAUGUCAAUUAACUAAAAUCGCUUUUUCCCUUUUUUUUGAUUUUGUAAUUUAACGUCACUCACGUUUAAUUGAGUUGCCAUAUAAGAGCACGAUCGGGCGUUGUUGCGACAUUAAUCCCGCGGUUAAGGCAUACGUCAAUCUUCUCCGAUCGCGGGAGUUUGACGGUGCCAAUCUUCGUUGGUGAAACAUCCAGCCAGUGAAACGGUCAGGUGUUUUCUCCGCAAUCCGGAAGAGAGCACACGCCCGUCGUACGGAUACAAAGGAAAUUCUCGCGAGAUCUUGACCGGCAACCGGAAAAAUUCUCUCAAAUUCGCGGACAUUUGAAAAAUUCUCUCCGAAGAAUAUCUUCAAGCGGCACAUUCACCGAGUUCUUUCCUUUAACUUUUUCCCGCGUCAGCGCCGUCGGUCAAUGCGACAUGCCUUCUGAAGUUCUUGCGUUGCGGAAGAUUCGCAUAUUUUCUCGCGGCGUGCUUGCUUGUUUGGCGUUCCGGAUUCGGCCCCCAACUUGUAUAUCUCUCCCGGCAGGGCGUCGCUCGUCCGGAAGCCCUUGAAUUGUCCAUCGAGGAUCCGUCGGCUGGGAGAAUCCCGUGGUACCGUGAAUAGAUCCUAUAUUAACUAUGUGUACGUAGCACUGUCGCCGACACUACUCCGCGAUGCGUAUCUCGUCCCGGACUCCCAUCUCACUUUUGGCAAACUGUAAGGUUUGUAUUCGAGAAGUAAAGAGAGAAUUAAAAUUUCUUUACGCAAUCUUAAGGGGACAUAUCCCCUUUGAAACCUCGAAAAAUGAGUGUAUUUUCUAGAUUUUUUUGCAGUGCGACUAAAAAUUUUUAAUUUUUUACAAUAUUAUUACAAUAUUAUUAACUACUUAAAUAAAAACUUUCAGCUUAAAAAUAAUUUUUUUUUUUGAAGUUGUGGGAAUAUUUGUAGAGCUCCUCCAAAUUUUAGAUGGCUGCACGGUGUGCAUAAAAACGUUCGUUUAUCAUAUCCAAAAUCAAAAAUACAAGUUUUUUUUUUAUUAAACAUUAAUAACUAUUUGCUAUCCAAGCGUUUUUUCCAAAAUUUUAAAAAAUAAGAAAAUAGUGGCGUGUUGAAAAAAAGUUUCAUUUUUUUAAGAAAAAAAUCUAUCUUUUUUUAUUUAUAAUAAAAUAUCGGGGAAUCUGAUUUUAAAAAGGCUUUGUUAGCAAAUGCAAAAUCUUAUUAGGAACUCGCAUGCAAAAUUUCAAGUCAAUCCGUCGAACGUAGCCCGAGUUUUCAUGCACACCGUGCAUGAAAAUAUAAAUCUGCAAAUAUUCGCAUAACUUU